AUGGACCACUCUGAGAUUCCUGAUGCCCUGGGCAGUGAGAAGUUCUGUGGUGAUGCUGGCCAGGGAGGGGCUGGGAACUGGCUGAAGUACAUCCGAGUGUCCUGCUCCUGCGACGAGCAGAACCUGGCUGUGUGCCACAUCAACGAGCAGGUCUAUUAUAAAGUUAUUAAAGAGAUUGAGCCGGGAGAAGAGCUCCUGGUGUGUCUGAAGGAAGGAGGUUAUUCCCUUGGGAACAUGGCACCCAGCAUGGAAGAGGAGCCCUCAUUCCGCUGCGAGGACUGCGAUGAGCUGUUCCAGUCCAAGCUGGACCUGCGGCGCCACAAGAAGUACGGCUGCAGUGCUGUGGGGGCCCUGUACGAGAGCCUCAGCGAGGAGAUCAAGCAGGAAGGCCUCGGAGAUGGACAGGUCUACGAGUGCAAGGACUGUGAGAGGAUGUUCCCCAAUAAAUACAGCCUGGAGCAGCACAUGGUGAUCCACACUGAGGAGAGGGAGUACAAGUGUGACCAGUGUCCCAAGGCUUUCAACUGGAAAUCCAACCUGAUUCGUCACCAAAUGUCUCACGACAGUGGGAAACGGUUUGAAUGUGAAAAUUGUGUUAAGGUGUUUACGGACCCCAGCAACCUCCAGCGGCACAUCCGCUCACAGCACGUGGGGGCACGGGCCCACGCCUGCCCUGACUGUGGCAAGACCUUCGCCACCUCCUCGGGCCUCAAGCAGCACAAGCACAUCCACAGCACUGUCAAACCUUUCAUAUGUGAGGUCUGUCACAAAUCCUACACGCAGUUCUCCAACCUGUGCCGCCACAAGCGGAUGCACGCGGACUGCCGCACCCAGAUCAAGUGCAAGGACUGCGGGCAGAUGUUCAGCACUACCUCCUCCCUCAACAAGCACCGGCGCUUCUGCGAGGGCAAGAACCAUUACAGCCCUGCCGGUAUCUUCGCCCCUGGCCUCCCCCUUACACCCACCUCCAUGAUGGACAAAUCCAAGCCCUCUCCCAAUCUCAACCACGCCAGCCUGGGCUUUAACGAGUAUUUCCCAUCCCGCCCGCACCCCGGCGGGCUCCCGUUCUCACCAGCCCCCCCAGCCUUCCCCACCCUCACCCCGGGAUUCCCGGGGAUUUUUCCACCUUCUCUGUACCCCAGGCCUCCCUUGUUACCACCCACGCAGCUGCUCAAAAGUCCCCUCAACCACACUCCGGACACGAAGCUCCCCAGUCCCCUCGGGAACCCGGCACUGCCGCUGAUCUCCGCAGUGAGCAACAGCAACCAGGCCCCUUCAGGAGAGGAGAAAUGUGAAAGCAGCCUGGAAAACUCCUACCUGGAGAAGCUAAAAGCCAGGAACAGUGACAUGUCCGAUGGCAGUGACUUUGAGGAUGUCAAUACAACCACGGGCACGGAUCUGGACACCACGACUGGCACCGGCUCUGACCUGGACAGUGACGCAGAGAGUGACAGGGACAAAACGAAAGACAAGAGCAAACAAAUGGAGACCAAGCCAGAUUUUGUCAGCAGCUCGGUAUCUGCGAGUUCCACCAACACCACUAGCGACAUCCCUCUCUUCUAUUCUCAGCAUUCCUUCUUUCCGCCCCCCGAGGAGCACCUGCUGCCCACCACAGGGGCAGCCAAUGACUCUAUUAAAGCUAUUGCCUCCAUCGCAGAGAAGUAUUUUGGGCCUGGCUUUAUGGGGAUGCAGGAGAAAAAGAUGGGUUCGCUCCCAUAUCAUUCCAUGUUCCCUUUCCAGUUCCUCCCCAAUUUCCCCCACUCCCUCUACCCUUUCACGGAGCGGACCCUCAAUCACAACUUGCUGGUCAAGGCAGAACCAAAGUCACCCAGGGACCUCCACAAAGUGGGCAGCACCAGCUCGGAGUCCCCCUUCGAUCUCACCACGAAGCCAAAAGAGAUUAAGCCAAUCCUGCCGCCCCCCAAGGUCCUCCCACCCCCAUCCUCAGGGGAGGAGCAGCCACUGGAUCUGAGCAUUGGCAACCGCAUCCGAGCCAGCCAGAACGGAGGGAGAGAGCCACGGAAAAACCACAUUUAUGGGGAGAGGAAGCUGAUGGCAAGCGAGGUCUUACCUAAGAUUUCCCAGUCCCAGCUGCCUCAGCAACCUUCCCUGCACUACGCUAAGCCAUCACCCUUUUUCAUGGACCCCAUCUACAGGGUGGAGAAGCGGAAGGUGACAGACCCCGUGGGUGCCCUCAAGGAGAAGUACCUGCGGCCCUCCCCGCUGCUUUUUCACCCCCAGAUGUCGGCCAUCGAGACGAUGACGGAGAAACUGGAGAGCUUUGGAGCCAUGAAGGCCGACUCUGGCUCAUCCCUGCAGCCCCUUCCCCACCACCCCUUCAACUUCCGAUCGCCGCCACCCACGCUCUCCGACCCCAUCCUGCGCAAGGGCAAGGAGCGCUACACCUGCAGGUACUGUGGCAAGAUCUUCCCACGCUCAGCCAACCUGACGAGACAUCUGCGGACACACACUGGGGAGCAGCCUUACAGGUGUAAAUACUGUGACAGGUCAUUCAGCAUUUCCUCCAACCUGCAGCGGCACGUGCGGAACAUCCACAACAAGGAGAAGCCAUUCAAGUGCCACCUGUGCAACAGGUGCUUCGGGCAGCAGACCAACCUGGACAGGCACCUGAAGAAGCACGAGCACGAGAACGUUCCAGUGAGUCAGCACUCCGGAGUCAUCGCCAACCACCUCGGGACCAGCGCCUCCUCCCCCAACUCGGAAUCAGACAACCAUGCACUUUUAGACGAAAAAGAGGAUUCCUAUUUCUCGGAAAUCAGAAAUUUUAUUGCAAAUAGCGAGAUGAAUCAAGCGUCGGCUUUAGUGGAUAAAAGGCCAGAAAUCCAGGAUAUUGAUGGCAAUUCCCAGUGCCAUGGAUUGACAAAUGAGAAGACAGAAGAUGUGGAUGAUGAGGACGAAGAACUGGAAGAGGAAGAUGAUGACAGCCUGACUGGGAAGUCCCAGGACGAGACAGCGUCACCCACGGCAGAGCCCCAGGGAGCAUUCGAGGAUGAGGAGGAUGAGGAGCCCACGUCUCUCACCAUGAGCUUUGACCACACCCGAAGGCUUAUGCAAUGAUGCUGUCCCUGUCUGAGAAUGCUCCCCUCCACACGUCCUCCCAGAACUCUCUGGGGGCUUGGCUGGACAUGGCAGGAGCAGCUUCAGAGUCGGGGACCUUUAACCCCAUCAACCACCUCUGAGAGGUCCACAAGGCACUGGCCGAGCCCAGGCGAGGCAGCAGUGGUGCUGCAGCCAUCCCAGCAAAAUCCCAGCGAGCAGAAGAUGGAUGAGAGGGCCUCAGGGAGUCGUCUGGACUUUGGGCUGAGAAGGAAACCUGUCGCAUCCGACCUACACGUCCUGCAUUUUUAUCUCUCCAGAGUUUUCCUUUCUAAUUUAUCAGAACAAACCUCUCCCAAACUGGAUAACCCCGAAGCAGCCCCAGAAUUUCACAGCCUGUAGGAAUAGCAUGAGCAAGACACGAAUUGCACCAGUGCAAUCAAAGAUAGGCCACUCCAACCUUCCAAACCAGUGUCACUGAGCCAGCACAGCCUGAGCAGGAACGAUAGCUUGGAACCACAUGGCAGCAUUUCCUUCCCAUCCAGCUGAAUUGGUGAAGCAUCAAGGGAAGAGAGCCAGGUAUGACCUGUCCCUGGUGCAAUUCUGACACAGCCACUGGAGUUAUGCCAGGGAAAGGCAAAUCAACCUAUUUAACUGACCCCCCAAAAGAAGAAUUCAGAAUUCUGCACUCCCACAGAAACACCAUCGUGUCCUUUGUUCCCAGCAAAACACUGGCACUGAGCAAAGCUCCAAGGUGAGGCCACCUUGCCUGCAGUCAUCAUGAGCCACAUGCAGCUCCCAGCUGAGACACCUCCAGCCUGGAACGUGCUGAGGUUGGGGUGACAGAUGUGUCACAUGGACACAGAUGGUCGGCUGUGCCCUGAGCAAGGCUGGGAGAGCUCCCUGUCCCUCCUGUGAGCCCAGCAUGGGCUGGAGUGCCCAGGAGAGAGCCAGGGUGGUGGAGCUCCUGGAAAUGCUUGGAUUUCCCCAAGCAGAGAGGUCAGGGGAUAAAGCCCUCCCCGGAUGUGCAUAAGGAAACGUGUGCUGGGCAAGGCUCGCCUCACCCAGGGCAGCUCGGACCCAUCUGCUCGUGUGUCACCUCCUGGGGUUUCAGGGUGCCAUCACCCCGUCCUGGUGGUGCCUGUGGCACAGAUCUCUGAUUCACACCAUUCCUUUGGCCUGGCUUUUCCCUCUGCACCGCCCGCUGCUGCUUGGCCUGUAAUUUAAGUAGAAAGAUGAACAUUUCCAUGCUCUAGCAGCCUGAGGGGUGCAGAGCAAUGAGAAUCCAGUUGUCUCUCUGACUCUAAAAUUUCUUACAGAGAUUUUAUGAGUGAUUUCCAAUCACUUCAAAACUUCAUCUUCUCUACUGCUUUACAGCAGCCUCCACAAAUGCUGUGGGCUUUUUGCUGUUCUCGGCUGCAAUUCCCAUCUGCUGUUGGAGCAGGGAAUUUGGAGAUGACAUUCCCUUAUGGAAUGGUUAGGCCAUGGAAAAGGGCAGAUGGAGGGUUCCAAGCCAGUGUAGUGUGGGAAGCCUCAUUCCAGCAGGCCAAAACAACGGGAUCAGCUCCCUGAGCAAAGCAGAGUCAGAAUUGGGUGUGACACCUUUGCAAGUCAGCUUUGCACCCAAGAGCACACGAGUCUGAUUUUGGGGAGUCUCAGAGUGCCCCCACAGGAAAGAAUCCAGGGUGGCUUUGGUACGGAGGAAACAAAAGGUAAACUAGCAGCACCAGUGUGUUUCCCAAGAAAAUUUACCCUUUCCUUUUUGGUUUUCCACAACAACCUGUGAAAGUGCCCAGAGCUCUGAGAGCACCAGGAGGUGUGACCGAGCUGCUUCAUGUAUUUGCACAAAGCUCCUGGGUAGGUAGAGCCCGAGAGCCGACCCUGCCGGAGGAAUCCCGGCUCUGCAGAGUAGGGGGACAGCCCUGUCCCCUCCUGUCCCAUCCUGUCCCAUCCCAGAGGCUGCAGCACAGCCCUGCCCAGGUGCUUGGCCUUUAAAUUAUUCCCACAGGGGCCAACUGAAAAUAAUAAAAGAAUUGUUUCUUUUCCUGAUGGAAUUUAUUUUAAUCUGUAUAUAACUUGGCAUUUUGGGCUAAUUCCUUUCUUAUUUUAUUUCUUCCUUAACAGUAUUUUCUUAUUACAUUAGAUAUCAUUCUUGUGAAGAAAUCAUGUUAAUAUAAGUAUGUAGUGAAGGA